GGUGAAGAAAGAGCUUUAUACCCGGAAUCAGAUGAGACCAUUUGUGUAUAAUAGCAAUUUUGAUAUGUACAGUUCACCAGCACUCAAUUGGAGGGACACUUUUGUGUGUCUACUGGCUCCUAAUGGUCCUAAACCAGAAGACUUGCCCGUAGUAUGCAGGGAUAUACUUCUGGAAUAUGGGACAUAUAUAAUGAAAUUGGGAAUUUCUCUCUUUGAAUUACUGUCAGAAGCUCUUGGGCUGCAUCCAGACCAUUUAAAAGACAUGGGUUGUGCUGAGGGGCUUCUUUCACUUUGCCAUUACUACCCUGCAUGCCCUGAACCAGAGUUAACUUUGGGAACCACCAAGCAUUCUGAUGAUAGUUUCCUCAGUGUGCUUCUCCAGGACCAUAUUGGUGGCCUCCAGGUUCUUUACCAGGACAAAUGGAUUGAUAUACCCCCUGUACCUGGGGCUCUUGUGGUUAACAUUGGUGAUUUUCUGCAGCUUAUAACAAAUGACAGGUUCAAGAGUGUGGAACACAGAGUUCUUGCAAAUCUCAUAGGUCCUAGAAUAUCUAUUGCAUGCUUUUUCAGCUCACAUCUUACACCAUCACCAAAGAUCUAUGGACCUAUAAAAGAACUAUUAUCAGAAGAUAAUCCUCCCAAAUACCGAGGCAUCACAGUUGCGGAGUAUGUAGCCUACUUCAAUGCAAAAGGCCUGGAUGGGACCUCAUCUCUUCAAAACUUCAGGAUUUGAGUUGGAUGAGGUGGUUUAUUUAGCACAAUAAAUGAAUAAAGUAGAUAAUUUAGAAAUGAUAACAUUUGUCAAACUCCAUAUAAAUAUGGAUCUUAUUCUUGGACUGUAAAUUUGUGUUAUCGCUUAUGUCUUGUAACUGA